UUACGUAACGGCCCUCAUCGCUGCCAUCACCGCCUAUCACCUCUGUUUGCUAAGUAGCUACCAGGACGGGGAAAGUGGGUGUAAAUGGACACAAGCGGACACUAACCUCCGCAAAAUAACGGGUCGGAAAACCACGGUCCUCCUGAAAACCGCAGCCAUGUUCGGCCGGUCGCGGAGCUGGGUGGGAGGACAGGGGAAGGUGAAAAACAUCCACUCCUUGGACCAUUUGAAGUACAUGUACCAUGUUCUGACCAAAAACACCACAGUGACAGACCACAACAGAAACCUCCUGGUGGAGACCAUCCGCUCCAUCACAGAGAUCCUGAUCUGGGGGGACCAGAAUGACAGCUCUGUGUUCGACUUCUUCCUGGAGAAGAACAUGUUUGCCUUCUUCUUGAACAUCCUGCGUCAGAAGUCUGGACGCUACGUCUGUGUCCAGCUCCUCCAGACCCUCAACAUACUGUUCGAAAACAUCAGCCACGAGACUUCGCUCUACUAUCUCCUGUCCAACAACCACGUCAACUCCAUCAUCGUCCACAAGUUUGACUUCUCCGACGAGGAGAUCAUGGCUUAUUACAUCUCCUUCCUCAAGACCCUGUCGCUGAAGCUCAACAACCACACGGUGCAUUUCUUCUACAACGAGCACACUAAUGACUUUGCCCUGUACACCGAGGCCAUUAAGUUUUUCAACCACCCUGAAAGCAUGGUCCGCAUCGCAGUCCGCACCAUCACGCUCAACGUCUACAAAGUCUCAUUGGACAACCAACACAUGCUGCACUACAUCCGGGAUAAGACGGCCGUCCCGUACUUCAGUAACUUGGUGUGGUUCAUCGGGAGCCACGUCAUCGAGCUGGACAAGUGUGUGCAGACUGAUGAAGAGCAUAAGAACAGAGGAAAGUUAAGUGACCUGGUGGCCGAACACCUCGACCACCUCCAUUACCUGAACGACAUCCUCAUCAUCAACUGUGAAUUCCUCAAUGAUGUUUUAACCGACCACCUCCUCAACCGUCUCUUCCUGCCCCUGUAUGUCUACUCUUUGGUUAGUCCUGAGACGUUUGAAGAGCGGAAGAUCAACCCCCAGGUGUCCCUCUACCUGCUGUCCCAGGUGUUUCUGAUCAUCCACUAUCAGCCGCUGGUCAAUGCGCUCGCAGACGUCAUCCUGAACGGAGACCUGUCCGUCUUCACCCCUCAGACAGACACACACAGCAGCCACAAAAACACGGCCGGUGCAGGAGGCGUGCGGCGCUUCAUCAAACCUCCAGAGUCUCUCGAGCGCUCCCUGGAGUUGUCCCGCCACCGAGGACGGAAGAGGACGCAGAAGAGGCCCAACUACAAGAACCUGGGCGAGGACGAGGAUGAGGAACGGGCCGGGGGAGGCGGUGGCAGUGGAGGAGGAGGUGGAGGAGGAGGAGGAGGAGGACUGGAGGAGGGCUGGGACGACGACGGCGGCAGCAGAGGAGGAGAGAGGGAGAAGGGAAAAGGUACAGAGGGAAUAGGAGGAGGAGGAGGAGGAGGUGGGAGUUCUAAGGGAAGCAGAGCGAGUGGUGAGACGGCGGAAGAGAUUGAGAUGGUGGUGAUGGAGAAAUGUAAAGUGUCGGAGCUGACGGAGCAAAACAUCACAGACGAGGAGAAGACGGCGGCAGCAACACGCACACACACACAGAGGAGCAGACCCUUCCUGGACAUGGUGUACAGCGCGCUGGACUGCACGGCUGACGACUACCACGCCCUGUUUGUCCUGUGUCUGCUUUACGCCGUCUCACACAGCAAAGGCAUUAACCGGGAUCUGCUGGAGCGUCUGCAGCUGCCGGUGCCGGACCAGGAGAAGAGCUCGUACAGCCUGGUGCUGGUGGAGCGGCUCAUACGGAUCAUGAACCAGGCUGCACAGCCAGAUGGGAAAGUGCGUCUAGCGACGCUGGAGCUGAGCUGCCUCUUGUUGAAACAGUCCGUCCUGUCUGGGAACCAGUGCAUCAUCAAAGACGUCCACCUGGCCUGUCUGGAGGGCGCCAGAGAAGAGAGUCUGCAUCUACUGCGGAGAUUCUACAAGGGUGAGGAGAUCUUCCUGGACAUGUUUGAGGAUGAAUACAGGAGCAUGACGAGUAAACCCCUGAACGUGGAGUACCUGAUGAUGGACGCCUCCAUCCUGCUGCCGCCCACCGGGACGCCUCUGACCGGCAUCGACUUCGUGAAGAGACUUCCCUGUGGAGACGUGGAGAAAACUCGCAGGGCGAUCCGCGUGUUCUUCAUGUUGAGGUCGUUAUCGCUGCAGCUUCAGGGGGAACCAGAGACUCAGCUUCCUCUGACCAGACCUGAAGACCUCAUCAAGACAGACGACGUCUUAGACCUCAAUAACAGCGACCUGAUCGCCUGCAUGGUGGUCAGUAAAGAUGGCAGCCAGGCCCAGAGGUUCCUGGCAGUCGACGUGUACCAGAUGAGUCUGGUCGAGCCGGAGACCAAACGCCUCGGAUGGGGAGUCGUCAAGUUCGCUGGCCUCUUACAGGACAUGCAGGUUUCUGGCGUGGAGGACGACAGCCGAGCUCUGAACAUCGUCAUCCACAAACCCAGCUCCAACCCUCACGCCAAGCCGCUGCCCAUCCUCCAGGCCAACUUCAUCUUCGCCGACCACAUCCGCUGCAUCAUCGCCAAGCAGCGUCUGGCCAAAGGGCGCAUCCAGGCGCGACGCAUGAAGAUGCAGAGGAUCGCAGCUCUGCUGGACCUGCCGGUUCAGCCCAGCGCCACCGAGGUUCUGGGUUUCUCUCAGACGGGCAGCGCGUCGCCCGGCGGCCUCCCCUUCAGGUUCUACGAGCAGUCCAGACGCGCCCCCAACGACCCCACGGCCACCAGAUCCGUGUUCGCCUCCGUGGACAAAGUCCCAGGUUUCGCGGUGGCUCACUGUGUACCUCAGCACACCCCCUCACCCCUGUCCUCCCCCUCACCUCCCUCCAGCGGCAGCGGGAGCACAGGAAGGUGUGACUCCGUUACAGCCAGCAGCACAUCAGCCCAGAGCCCGACAGAUGAUGCCACGUUCCUGGAGCACACCCCUCCUUCGUCUUCGGGUGGGGAAGGUGAAGGAGGGGGAGGAGGGGGAGGAGGUGGGGAAGUAACAGUGGUGUCCUCUGCUCCCUCCUCCCCAGCUCUGGCCCCGAGCCUCACGCCGGCCUCCCAGCCGACCAUCUCCCUCCUCACGGCGCCCAGCGACGCCGACGCCCUCAGCGUGGAGUCGCUCACCCUGCUGCCCCCCGCCGACUCCCCGCAUCUGCACCCGUGUGCCGGCCACGCCCCCCAGAGACCGGACGCCUCCAUCCAGGAGGAGGAGGAGGAGGAGGAGGAGGAGGAGGCGACGGUAAAAGAAGAAACCACGGAGACGACGGAGUGUGUCACGCCCACGGACGAGCCUGAAGGUAAAGACUCACCUGUAGACGCCCCUGACUCACCUGAGCUGGAUUAGAGGACCAUCGUGUCGGGGCCUGUAGGAGAGACUGAAGCACUCAGAGACUCCUCUUACUUCUCCUGCUCCUCUUACUCCUCUUUCUCCUCCCGACCUGUUCUCAACGCAGCCAGCAGCUUUUCUACCGUCUGACCAAUCACAGACCUGCGUCCUCGUUAAGUCUCUGGUUCGUUAGCGUUUAACUGCCACUGCCUCCACCGACUCUCAUUAGUCUGACACCGUAACAGACGAAUAGACUCACAUUCAUCACCUCACCCCCCUCCUCCCCCCUCCUCCCCCCUCAGCCUCCGUCUGCAGACGUUCAUCUGAUAGAUUUAGACAAAUAAAAUACGGAAACGCAACGAGGAAAUGAUUGGAUUUAAUCAGAUGAAGCUUCACUACUGCAAUAACCCUGAGAGCUAAUUAACUGGGGGAGAGGUGAGUGUGUCCAGGACGGGGGGACGGGGGAGGACGGGGGGGGGGGGGGGGCUUUUAACCUUGGUUCAUGGCUGGAUUUGGACAUUAUUAUUUAUUCUUCCCUCCUUCAUCUCUCUUUUUAUUCGUCUCUGCUGCUGUGGCCUCACAGCUCAAGUCUUAUUUUUUAAUCUGUGCAGUUUCUAAAGAAGAAU